AUGUUUGCUGUUGCAGGCAUUGCAACGGAUAAUCGAGCUGUUGUAGAGCUCUCUGGACUUGUCAUUGGAGCUGUAGCCACAAUUAACUCCAUUGUUGCAGGGACUAUUUCAGGGGCGUCAAUGAAUCCCGCAAGAAGUUUGGGACCAGCAAUUGUAUCAAAUUGUUACGAGAAACUAUGGUUAUACAUGUUGGGUCCAAUAGCAGGAGCUACAGCUGGUAUCUGGUUCUACAAUGCCAUGAGGUUUACAAUUAAGCCCUCUGAUGAAGUCACUAAGUUUCUUCCCUUCCUCCGAAGAUUAGCCCAAAACAAAGUUUAA